GGCCGCCCGGCGCUGGAUGACUGUCUCCCCAGGGGCCGCCGCGGUGCUGUCGGAGCAGGCCCCGGGCCUUGCGCCGUGUGGAUGAGAUGCUGCCAGACUUGCUGAGUUUCUCCAGCAAUUUCUGUUUUUGUUUCAGAUUUCCAGCAUUCGCAUUUCUUUGUUUUACAACAUGUGGUGAUGGCUGAGAAUGGAUGAUGAUGAACCUACCAUCAAACCUCGUCACAUCGAGAAUCAGAAUGUUGUUUACCGUCUGGAGCGCCGGAGAAUCUAUUCAGGCAGGUCUGGAGCUCACUGGUACAUGGUGCGUUGCCUGCAUCAGAAUGUGUUUCCCAACUUCACUGUUGUUAACGUAGAAAAGCCACCGUGUUUCCUGCGCAAGUUCUCUCCUGAUGGCCGCUAUUUCAUUGCGUUUUCCCUGGACCAGACCUCGUUGGAGAUCUAUGAGUACCAGGGCUGUCAGGCAGCUGAGGACCUCCUUCAGGGCUACGAUGGGGAGAUCAUGCUGAACGGCGCCAAUGACUUGCAGUCCAUCAACAUCCGCGGCAAACUGUUUGAGCGUUUCUUUGUCCUGCUGCAUGUCACUAGUGUAGCGUCGAAUGGGGAGCACCUGAAUCGUGAGUGCAGCUUGUUUACUGAUGAUUGCCGGUAUGUCAUUGUUGGCUCUGCUGCUUACCUCCCUGAGGAACCUCAUCCUCUCUUCUUUGAUGUUUAUCGAAACAACGAGUCUGUUACACCAAACCCUCGCUCUCCGUUGGAAGAUUACUCUCUGCACAUCAUUGACCUGCACACAGGGAGUCUUUGUGACACAAGGACCUUUAAGUGCGACAAGGUCAUUCUCUCACACAACCAAGGGCUUUACCUAUACAAGAAUAUCUUGGCUAUUCUCUCUGUGCAACAUCAGACCAUUCAUGUGUUCCAAGUUACCCCAGAAGGAACUUUCAUUGAUGUUCGAACCAUUGGGCGCUUCUGUUAUGAAGAUGACCUCCUCACUGUUUCUGCUGUGUAUCCUGAAGUGCAGGGUGAUGCGCAAAAUGCCCCAUCGCGCCCCUUUAAGGAGAAAACGCUGAACUCUUUAAAGCAUCGGCUGCUGGUAUACCUGUGGCAAAGGGCAGAGAGUGAUGGAGGCGCUGUUGCUAAGCGACGUUUCUUUCAGUAUUUCGACCAGUUGCAGCAACUGCGCAUGUGGAAGAUGCAGCUUCUGGAUGAGAACCACCUCCUGAUCAAAUACACGAGCGAGGAUGUGGUGACCCUGCGGGUCACUGACCCCUCUCAGCCGUCAUUCUUUGUCGUAUACAAUAUGGUGACCACUCGGGUUCUGGCUGUUUUUGAGAACACUUGUGAUGAGCUUUUACAACUAUUUGAAAAUUUUUGCGACCUCUAUCGGAACGCCACACUACACAGUGAGGCCGUGCAGUUUCCCUGCUCAGCAUCCAGCAAUAACUUUGCCAGACAGAUUCAGCGAAGGUUUAAAGACACUAUCGUGAAUGCCAAGUAUGGAGGUCACACGGAGGCUGUGAGGCGACUCCUUGGGCAGUUGCCUAUCAGUGCACAGUCCUACAGCAGCAGUCCAUACCUUGAUCUCUCAUUGUUUAGCUAUGAUGACAAGUGGGUCUCUGUCAUGGAACGGCCCAAGACUUGUGGUGAUCAUCCUAUCAGAUUUUAUGCUCGUGAUUCAGGUCUGCUGAAGUUUAAAAUCCAAGCAGGGCUCCUGGGACGGCCAAUUAACCACACAGUGCGACGCCUAGUGGCUUUCACCUUUCACCCUUUUGAGCCAUUUGCUAUAUCAGUGCAGAGGACUAAUGCAGAGUAUGUGGUUAGUUUUCAUAUGCGACACACGUGUGUAUGAUGACAGUGCAUUGGAAACACUUGUGCUGCUUGGAUUUACUGUGGACCAUUAUGGACUAUCAUGAAGGGAUCCUAACAAACCGUUGAAAUUGCCAAAGGUGGAGUUUUGAACCUUGGUCAAGAAUGGGAUUAUCCUUGGGUUAAAGUUAUAUUCAGACCUCUGAUUCACCUUUGGUAUCUGACCUGCUACACGAUCUUUAAUGCAGCACUUGUCUCAGCUAAGAAAGUAAACCUUUUAUACGUUUCA